UGCAUUCCAAACCCCGUCAAUUCCUCUGUGAGGCACCACAGCACCCCCAGCCCGUAGACCUGUUGCGAUCGGAUCAAUCAACAUGAGUGAGGAGGAGGAUUACAGCAACAUGUACGACAUGAUUCGGGAACCAGGCAUGUAUGAAGUUGCAGACCCACCACAGGAUGACGAAAGUCCUUAUUAUCAUGAUGUUCGUGAAGACAUAGGGCCAGAAUACGCUUUGUCCACUGCUGGGCUACACAACCAGGAAUAUGAUUCGGUGUCGGUCUAUGCCAUUAGAGGUGAAGAGAACGGCUUGGCCUCUCCCCAUCCAGAGGCAGGAGGCUACUUCCUGCCUGAUGAGGUGUGUCCUGAGCCCCAGGACAGGGACAUCGCAAUGGAUGAGUUAUCAUCACCAGCUCAGGACCCGGAGCCCCAACCAGCACAACCCCAGGAAGACAGCAACACAGGGAGCGAAACACUGCUGUCCUCCUCCAGCUUCACCAUCCAGCACAGCUGGGACUUCUCCAGCAGGUGGUCCCCCACCUGCCUCUCUGAAGAUGAGGGCUUGGAAGGAAAUGAAGCUGCUCCUGGGAGCCCUGAGAUCUUCCUGUUUGUAAAGGCGGGCAUCGAUGGAGAAAGCAUCGGCAACUGUCCCUUCUCCCAGCGCCUCUUCAUGAUCCUCUGGCUGAAAGGAGUUGUGUUCAACGUCACCACUGUGGAUCUGAAAAGAAAGCCAGCCGACCUGCACAACCUCGCCCCUGGCACCCACCCGCCCUUCCUGACCUUCAACGGGGAAGUGAAGACAGAUGUCAACAAGAUCGAGGAGUUCCUGGAGGAGACCUUGGCCCCCGAAAAGUAUCCCAAACUGGCUUCGAAACACCGAGAGUCCAACACGGCGGGCAUCGACAUCUUCUCCAAGUUCUCCGCCUACAUCAAGAACACCAAGCAGCAGAACAAUGCGGCCCUGGAGCGGGGCCUGACCAAGGCCCUGAGGAAGCUGGAUGACUACCUGAGCACCCCCCUGCCCGAGGAGAUUGACAUCAACACACUCGGGGACAAUGACAAGGGCUCCCGGCGCAAGUUCCUGGAUGGAGAUGAGCUGACCCUGGCAGACUGCAACCUGCUGCCCAAGCUCCAUGUGGUCAAGAUCGUGGCCAAGAAAUACCGCAACUAUGACUUCCCUGCUGAGAUGACAGGGCUGUGGCGGUACCUCAAGAACGCCUACGCCCGGGACGAGUUCACCAACACCUGUGCAGCUGACAGUGAGAUCGAGCUGGCCUAUGCCGACGUCGCCAAGCGUCUCAGCAGGUCCUGAGCAGCGUCCCCGCCUGCCUGCUGCAGCGGACGCCGCUCACCCCCAGGGCUCUGGCUUCACGGGCUCCACAGACUCCUCUUCCUCGCUGCCUUGGGAACAUUUUUAUCAGGCCACUCUUGCUGGCUCCCCGGAACCACAGCCUGCUGGCUUUGAAGGUCAGCAUGUCCUCUGUCUGGACACCUGCGAAGCUGGCGGGCAGGGAGGAUAGAAAUGGCCAAUUCUCACCUGCCAGCCGAGUCUGGGUCAGUGGAUUUGGGGUCAGUCUGGGGAUCCACCUGUGGGUGGUCACAGUGCUUUCUGUCCAUAUCCUAAUAUCUCUCAGAUGCUUUAGCAAGUGCUAGACCAGCUCCUCCAUAUCGGACCCGCAAGGGCAAGCACCCAUGCUGCUCUAGCUAGAGUGAGUCUGCCCCUUGCCAGGGAAGGUAGAGGGGCCAGGAGGACUGAGCUGGCCUGGGCUUUGGGCAUCUGGCAGCAUAUUUGCUCUCAGCCGCUCAUGCCCACAGAUGCUCCAAGACCGGACUGCAAACUCCUCCCAGACAUCCUGGCAAUCCACAACCUUGGCCAACUGCGGCUUUCGCCUGUCCAGGUAUCAGGAAGGAAGCUGCUGUGCAAUUCCAAACUGGGGUAACUAGGAUGGGGAGGGAGGGGAGCACUGUUGGUGCCAAAAGGCCCCAGGGGUCUGCAGUCAUGGGUCUGCACGCUUAGGAGUGGUUGUGUGGUGAGAUCGCUCAUCUGGCUUGACUGCACAUCAGCAAGUGGCUUCCAGGAAGCUGUGAGGAAGGGGGAGGGUGGAGGGGGCAUGGGUACCGGCCGAGGGGCUCCUUAUGAGGCUCAGUGCCCCUUGGUCAUGGUCAGACUGGCUCCUCUCUCACGAGCUAAGCCUUGGACUGCUGAUGUCACUAACUACCAACCUCAUAGUGAGCACCCCAGACCUGGCCAAAAAUGUCUUUCUGGUCUCUCUGAGCUUCCCUGACCAUGGGUUUGCUGGUUGGUGCUCCCCGGGGUUUCCUGGUGGCCCAGGACAGGCAGAAGCACAUGGAAGAGGUGGAAUGAUGGUGGGACGUCUUAGCAGAAAGUCAUGGGCCCUCCUGACCUCGAAACCAUGUGGUGUGAACUGGAAGAAAAACGGGUCCCCAUCUGGAUUAACUUUCCAACUGCUGGAUGACAAAGGGCAGUAAUGUUCCUGCUCAUUGUCCCCCUUAGUCCUUCCCCUUGCCUGUCACCUCCUGGCCUUCCUCUUGCACAGAGGAAACAGAGAGAAUGGACUAAGCCUCAGCUCCUCUUGGGGGAACACUGUGAAGAAACAUCCCCAACCCCUCCCUCUGUGCUUUGGGAGGAGGCCGAGGAUCCCCCUGACCCAAGGGAAAGCACACUGCUGGGGAGAACAGGAUGGCCAGGUCCUUUACACAGAAACAGCAGUCCUAACCCACACACUCAUCUGACCCACUGACCCCAGGAAUCUCCAAAGAAAAAUUCACUCACAAUGAAACCUAGGGCAGGAAGCAGGGGGUCUCUUCCUACCCCCAUGAAGAAGAGGAUGCAGUCAGCAGGGCAUUGGGUGAGCCCAUUCCUGUCCCCCACUGGAGGACCUUUCUGCACCCCUGGCGAUGUCUGAAGGGAGACAGGUAGAAGCUGUCAAAUGGGCCAAACCAAGUCUGUUGUCCCUGGGCGUUCUGCCUGGGGCUGAGUGAGCACACAUAAAUAGCAGUAUUAGGCAUGGCAGGGGGUAUUACAGAUCCAUUAUAACCCUUCAAAGGCAGGCAGGAGUUAUGGAGGCAAGGCCUUUCUGGGCCCUUUGUUCAGAAAUAUCUUUUCAUUUCAGCUGUAGCUUAUCAUGUAACGCAACUAACUGACUACUGAGUUAUUAGAGUCAUGAUGUCUUAUGGGCAGAUUCAUCACAGUAUAUGAAAUAACAGUAAUAUUACCUUCCAGUUUUAUUCAAAGGAGAUUUUUGUCCAAAUCCUAGGGCCUCUCUGGGCACUGGCCUUAACUUUGCCCUGUGGCAUCCUCCGUGCUGUGAGGCCAUUUGCUCCAAGCACUCCUCACCUCAGAGUCCUGGAUGGAGACAUCUUUGCAAUCAGUCCUGGAGAAUACAUUUGGUAGCACAGAAAGGGCAUUAUUUGUGUUGAGAUCCUAUUUUCUUUUGUAUUUUUCUCUCCUUUGACUUUCAUAUCACCAUUUUUUGGGCUGGUUAGUGGAAGGCAGAGGCAGAGAACUAGAGUCAAACUCAGCAUUACAGAGUUGAAUUUGUCCCUGCUCUGGACUGCCUACCUCUGCAUGUGGCCGAGAGAAGUAUUGGAUGCAGUUUUAAUAACUCUGCAAGAAGAGCUUGAUAAAUAUAAUCCUGAUUGAGUCAGAGCACAGUUCCUUUAUCUCUUGACAAAGGAAGGCAAAUGCCAGGUGAAUUUGGAAUCACAGGAGUAUGAAUCACUUCUUCUAGCCUCCUGGUGGCAGGCAAAGCAGCAAAAAUGGAGGAGAUGCAGCCAGCUUGCUUGGCUACACGAUCCCAAGCAAGUUCAGCUUCCCAGGAAAGGCCACCUCUUCAGUGUUCCCUCCUCAAGCUGCUGGUGCUGGAGAGGAGCUUGAUCUUCUUAACACAAGGCAACACCGGAAGUGUCUUCCGGCCCUUCUCAGAUGGAACAAGGGAGCCUUUCACUGCACCUGUGCUACUCGGUGGUUGCUCUGCAGUCAGACAAUAUCAAGCGUCUUAGGGUGGUCACACGAAGGAGCAGACACAGGCGGUCUAAGAGUCCCACGAGUCAGCAAGGCCUAAACACAGAAUGGAAAGGAGGCAGAGACAGGAAGUUCUCUCUGGUGUGAGCUUACCAUCACUGUGGCCGUCUCUGUCCGAGGGUCUCAAAGCAGCUUUGUCUGUGUUCACCUCUAUCCCCAGGGCCCAGGGGCCAGCUCAGUGGUGCUGUUCCUUGGAAACUCAUGGUUAAAAACUAAGCUCAAUGAUUCUCAAGGGGUCACUUUCUUAUGUUCUUUAUGACAUUAAGAAGAAUAUUAAGAAAGCACUAGAGAAAGAAGUGUAGGCGUGAAUACCCAGUCUGUUCUGACAUCAGCAGACCAUGAGUGAUGUCGUCACUGGCCAUCCAGCCCCUCUGCACCCAGGCCCCUGUUCAGACCACACAGCCCGUGUCCUCAUGCAAAUCCCCACUCUUUUCCCUUCCCUGUAUCCUUCUCCAGCCUAACUGCAGACACUCAAGUCUCAUAAUCAGAUAUGACCCAAACUGUGCAUAACCUCAUUUAAUGUCCUUUAAAGAAGUAAAUUCGACUCCCUGUACUAACCAAAAGUAAAUGAAAUAUUGCCUCUACAUAAGGUCUGGGCUAACCUGUGUUUCUAUUAAUGCAAUCUAGUUUUUGGGGAAACACAGUUUUAAAGAUCUAAUUAGUCUAAGGCAUUUUGUAUAUAGUUAGAGAUCUCACAAUAUUAACUAUGCAUAUAUUUAAAAUAUAAAAUAUCCAGCUGAUGUUUGAAUUUGUCUUUUUUUUUUCCUGGCCACUGAGUUGUACCAUUUUCUAAGCCGGGGAGUUAACUGAGUUAGUAAAAGAUGCCUAGCUUUUAUAAAAGAACAAGCAUUCAUUUAAUAAAGACACUCCGAAUGAUAGUUACUAGAUUUUCCUGAGACCUUUAACUGUGGUGAUAAAAUAACAGGCCUUGCUUUCAAGCCUUAAUGAAUGUAAAAUGCCUUUUAAUGAAGAUAGAGCUGAGUGCUUUCCUCAUAACUCUGGAGCAAUUAUGAAUUUGUUUCCUGGUCUUGAUUGGAAUGGGCUGGUUUCAAAUAAAGUUGGUUUAUUUUCAAAUAUUA